GCUGCUCCGAGCGCGUCGUACAAAACCCUAAAAAUAGAGGUCGCUCUUUUUCAUCUUUCAUUCGCAGCCGCCUCUGCUCGACUCUGCUCCAGCCACUCGAGAUCUCAUCCAAGAUGAAGUUCAACAUUGCAAACCCAACUACGGGAUGCCAAAAGAAACUUGAAAUCGACGAUGAUCAGAAACUCCGAGCAUUUUUUGACAAGAGGAUUUCGCAGGAAGUCAGUGGAGAUUCUCUUGGAGAGGAAUUUAAGGGCUACGUUUUCAAAAUCAUGGGAGGCUGUGAUAAGCAAGGAUUCCCAAUGAAGCAGGGAGUGUUAACCCCGGGUCGCGUUCGUCUCUUGCUUCGGAGAGGCACCCCUUGCUUCCGUGGGUACGGUAGGCGUAAUGGAGAGCGAAGGAGGAAGUCUGUACGUGGAUGCAUUGUCAGCCAAGACCUUUCUGUUCUGAACUUGGUUAUUGUGAAGAAGGGUGAGAAUGACCUUCCUGGUCUGACUGACACCGAGAAACCAAGAAUGCGAGGUCCAAAGAGGGCAUCAAAGAUCCGUAAACUUUUCAAUCUCUCAAAGGAGGAUGAUGUUCGAAAGUAUGUCAACACCUAUCGCAGAUCGUUUACCACAAAGGCUGGGAAGAAAGUGAGUAAAGCUCCGAAAAUUCAGAGGUUGGUCACCCCAUUGACUUUGCAGAGGAAGCGAGCAAGGAUUGCAGAGAAGAAGAAGAGAAUUUCCAAGGCCAAGUCGGAGGCUGCUGAGUACCAGAAGCUCCUUGCCACUAGAUUGAAGGAGCAAAGAGAACGUCGCAGUGAAAGCUUAGCCAAGAAACGAUCCAGGCUCUCUGCCGCAUCUAAGCCAUCUAUUGUGGCAUAGGUUCGUGCAUCUCUUUGGGCAAGUGAUUAAAUUUUGAUAAGAAGAUGAACAUUGGAUAUCUAUGAGAUUUUCUAGUAUUGAAUUUGGUAAAACAUAUAUUUUUUAAGAUUGCAAUGAGGACAUGUUGAUGGUUUCCUAUAA